GACUAAAAAUGUAAAGUUUAAUAAUUAAUUUUUUUUAAUUAUUUAAAAUUUUGUAUAAACUUUUUACAAAGUAGUUUAUUUAAGAGUUUAAGUGAGAAAUUUUGAAGUAUAAAUUAUUCAUCAUGACGGCGGAUAUUCCAGAAGUCGACAUAAGACAUGGGAAAAUAAACGGAUCCGUUGAAGCAAAGGGCACCAGCGAAAAGUUGGAAAUAUCUAAAUUACGACAAGCAUUACCACAAGUAUUCGCAGUGAGCGCUAAAAAUUUACUUUUACUUACGUUCGGAACAACGCUCGGUUUCCCAACUAUUUUAAUCCCAUCGUUACAAAAAGUGGAUGCUGAUAUAACUGUUACGCGAGAAGAAAUCACGUGGAUAAGCAGUAUAAACUUGUUCAUGGUACCACUAGGAUGUCUGAUGAGCGGGCCUAUAUCCCACCGCUUGGGGCGUAAAAAAACAAUGCUGUUCAUCAACAUACCCUUUAUAUCAGCGUGGAUAUUGUUUUACUACGCAAAUUCAGCCCCUUUACUUUUCGUAGCCCUAGCAUUAACCGGAAUAACUGGCGGUCUCUGUGAAGCUCCAGUGCUGACAUACGUCGCCGAAAUAACGCAGCCUCAUCUUCGUGGUAUGCUAUCAGCAACUUCAUCCAUGGCUGUAAUUAUUGGUGUAUUUACGCAAAUAUUAGUUGGAAGUCUCACUGAUUGGAGGACUGUUGCGCUAAUCAAUUUGAUUUUUCCUACGAUAUGUUUCCUUGCGCUUUGUUUGAUGCCAGAAAGUCCUUACUGGCUUGCGGGUAAAAACAGACUAAAAGAAGCCGAAGAAGCGCUAUGCUGGCUCCGAGGAUGGGUAUCACCUUCACACAUCACCGGAGAACUGAAAACUGUGUAUGAAGUCUCCCAAAGAGUAAUUGCUGGCGGCAUGGAUGACAAAAAAGAGUACUGGUGGAAAAUAUUCAGCAAGCGAACAUUCAUAUACCCGUAUAUAUUGAUAUCACUUGGAUUUCUUAUUUCUUCAUUCGGAGGGUCUGCGACACUACAAACAUUUGCUGUGACAAUUUUUGCAUCCUUGGACGCUCCACUUGAAAAAUACACAGCCACUGUUUUCCUCGGACUCGCAGAACUUAUUGGCACAGCCGUUUGCGUAAUAAUAAUCCACUACACUGGCAAGAGAAUGAUCACCUUCAUCUCGAUCGGCGGGACUGGAUUUUGCUUCAUGAUAUGCGCUAUAUAUGAUUAUUUAAAUAAAUCAGCGUAUAUAGACGGACAAAUGUUCACGUGGGUACCUACGACUCUGCUAAUCAGCUCAGCGUUUUUCUCUCACAUAGGCAUUCGACUUCUUCCUUGGGUUCUCUGCGGCGAAGUUUUUCCAGCCAAGGGACGAAGUACAGCGACAGGAGCUGCUGCAUGUACGGGUUACAUAUUUGCAUCGAUAAUAAACAAAGCAUUUUUGUACAUGGUCGACCUGAUGUAUCUUUGGGGGACGUUUUUCUUUUAUGCAAGUGUCAACGUAAUCGGUUUUAUUGUAAUGUAUUAUUUAUUGCCGGAGACUGAAGGAAGGACGCUAAAAGAAAUAGAAGAUCAUUACGCAGGCAUUGAAAGCUUAAAUAAUAAACCGAGUAAAGACAAGUCGCAGUUGAAAGAAAAGUGGGCUGUCUCGAAUCCCGCUAUGGUCGUCGACGACCUCGAGAGUAAACUCUAGUAUCUUAUAUAACUAUCCAUUUAUUAUUUUUAUAAUAAUUAUUAUUACUAUCUUAUUACUUUAUACUUUAUACACCGUAUGUUAUUCCUUAUUUUAGUUUUUAUACCUUUGGCAAAUGCUAAUAGAUGCCAUUGAAUGUUCAUAAAUAGAAUAAGUCAUCUUUUGUAUAUUUUAUAUUGUAAAGAGUAGAAUAUUCCUGUCAGCGUUCAUUCAACUUUUAAAAUGCUUUAAAAUAUUUUCAUAAUCAUAAUA